GGGUUGCAAAGGUUUUGCAUUUGUUGAGUCUGAGAGGGAGUGGAAGCAGCGGAGGCGCAAAGAUGCAGAUAUUCGUGAAAACCCUAACGGGGAAGACCAUCACCCUCGAGGUCGAGAGCAGCGACACCAUCGACAAUGUCAAGGCUAAGAUCCAAGACAAAGAAGGAAUCCCUCCGGAUCAGCAGCGUCUGAUUUUCGCCGGAAAGCAACUUGAAGAUGGAAGGACCUUAGCCGAUUACAACAUCCAGAAGGAAUCCACUCUCCACCUUGUUCUCAGGCUUCGUGGUGGCAUCAUCGAGCCUUCAUUGAUGGCUUUGGCUCGCAAAUACAACCAAGACAAGAUGAUUUGCCGCAAGUGCUAUGCUCGUCUGCAUCCUAGGGCUGUGAACUGCCGCAAGAAGAAGUGUGGUCACAGUAAUCAGUUGAGGCCAAAGAAGAAGAUUAAGUAAAUUCUGGUUGAUACUAUUGGUCUCUUCCAUGUUGGACUCAGGGGAGGGACUGUUUGUUGGUUUACAAAAUUACUGUUUAUUGUUUCCGGUUUUGAUUAAUGUUAAAUGUUUUGAACGACAUUUUUGUGGUAGUCAAUUAUAUUUGUUAUGUUGACAUUAUGAUCUUUUUAAGUGGUAGUUUAUGUUUGGUAAUGCACUCUCAUCGUAGUAAAUUAUAUGCUUUCUUAUAUAA